UACCAAUAUCGGACAGUUGCUGUCCGCUCGUUAGUUGGAGAAGUCGGGAUUUCCACGGUAUUUUUGUGUUAGUCGUAGUAGUUCGAUUAUUGUUACACGUUAAAGCUUAUACACGUUACGCGUCGCAUCCUACAUUAAUUGAGAAAAAUAGUGAUUGGUCGUGACACGGCCACCCACCCAUUCAUCUAGCUCCCGUCCUGGGGGAGAUUAAAACUAAGUUCGAACAUUGGAUAUCGCUCCAUCAACUGUGGCCGUUUUUAUGCGGUGAUUCGGCAACAUGCAACUCCAAUUCAGUUUACGGAAAACAACGUGUUCCGCGGUCUCAAUAUUCCUGUUUCUCACAACCCUGGUGGUAUCGGAGAAUGCUGUCGAGCACGAAACAAACCAAAUCCAAGGUUCAACAGAGACUGUCCCACUGAAUAAUCAAUUGGACUGGAUGCUUGUCCACGAAGUGUUUAGCAACAAGCCACAAAACACCAUAUUCUCCCCGUUUUCGGUCAAACUGCUACUGACGUUGCUGCACGAAGCGUCCGGGCUGAAUAGCACUACCAGGACCGAGCUGGCUAAAGCUCUGGCCGGAACGAGCAUCGAGAAAAGUCGUCAGGUGUAUCAGGACUUCCUUGAAAGUUCCACGAAAGAGAACGGAAACUACGAAUUCAACAUUGGGACGCGGGUUUUCGUAGACCAGAAACGAGCGAAAGUCACCGAAAGCUACCUGAAGCUAGUGGAAAAAUGCUACAAAACCAGUGUCGAACCGGUGGUAUUCAAAGAGGCGAAAGCAACGGCUGAGAAGGUGAAUAAUUGGUGCUCGAAAAUUACCCAGGGACAUCUCAGGAACUUGGUACACGAGGACCAUGUUAAGGACGCUGCCAUGAUUAUUGCGAAUGUUCUCUUUCUGAAAGCCUCUUGGAGGAACUCAUUUCCGGAGGAGCAAAGCAGGAAACGGCUAUUCCAUGUGUCUGCCACCCAAACGGUUGAUACCGACUUUAUGGAGCAGACCGACAUUUACGCAUACAUGAACGAUCCAGAACUUCAGCUCGAGAUGUUGAGGUUACCCUACAAAGGUCGGCACUUCUCGAUGAUCAUAGUGCUACCGUACGAAAGCAAAUCUCUCGAUGAUGCUAUUAAAUCGUUGACAGCUGAGAGCGUUUCGAAGCUCAGGUCAAAUUUUUCGCGAGAAGAGGUGGAGGUUAUCAUUCCUAAAUUCAAGUUCAACUAUGGAACCGCACUAAACGAUGUGUUGAUAAAGAUUGGUAUCACGGAUAUUUUCACGGAGGAUGCAUCACUCCCGCAACUCUCGGGAGGAACAAACUCUACUUUACUGGUUUCCAAGAUACUUCAGAAAGCAGGAAUAGAAGUGAACGAGAAAGGUACCUUAGCUUUCGCUGCCACAGAAAUUCAGCUGGUAAACAAAUUUGGCCUAGGAGAUAGUCCGAUCAAAUUCGCAGCCACCCGGCCGUUCCUGUUCUACAUCAAGGACGAAGACACGGAUGCGUUGCUGUUUGUUGGCAAGGUCAUGAACCCAGCAGAUUCAGCGACCGGUUAUGACCAAACCGCGGGAUUAUCGCACACCAGUGCAUUCGCGUUCCAUUCACCGAUCGCGGAUGUUUGCCGAUCUUCAUUUUGUUUUGAGCUGUCGAUCUCGCAACAUCGACGCAAUUCUGUUACCUCGCGGAGGGAGUUCCAAACAUUCAGCAUGACUCGGAGAGACAAGAUGUUAGUGGUGGUGAUGCUGCUGAUAAGUGUCGUCGGCCACAGUGCAGAGGGUCAGACGGAUCAGAGGGAAAGUAGCGUUCAAAAUCGUAACUCCAAUGAUGAGAGGCCACCACAGCCAUCGCAAAACGACAAGUUCGACUGGCAACUGAUAAAGCUCGUCCUCAGCAGAGAACAUGGAAAUGCUGCCCUGUCAACGCUGACGACAAAGUAUCUCCUGAAUCUACUGUACGAAGGCAGUGGCACCGCUUCGAAAACCCAAGCUGAGCUUGCUGUUCCCCUUGAGCGUUCACCUGGCACCCUAAAUGCACCACCAUUCGUCAGUGCCGUUCAGUCCCUCCAGAGUAAUUCCAAGCAAUUGCUCGUUAGAAACCAGCUCUUCGCCGAUGAACACAUAAGUGUGACCCAGAAGUACGCUGCGACACUCGGGAUGACGUACAAAACCAAUGUGGAGAAGGUAGAUUUCCAAAAGCCGCAACUCGCCGCCAAGCAAAUCAAUGCGUGGAUUUCCGAGGGCACUCAGGGGCAGAUUCGCCAGCUGGUUUCGGCAAAAAAUUUGCAAGACUCUGUCUUGAUGCUUGCGAACACAGUUCACUUCAAAGGACUUUGGAAGAAGCUGUUCUCCGAGAGUGCUACUUCUGUUAAACCGUUCAACACCACCGAUGGCCGAUCGGUGAAUGUUACCCUCAUGAAACAGAUCCAAGACCACUACUUCGUUAAGUCUGCCCAGCUGAACGCAAAAGUACUGCGGUUGCCAUAUGCGGACGGGCAGUUUUCGAUGAUCCUAAUACUGCCGAACAAAGACAGCAAUUUGAAUCAACUGAUGAGCGUUAUUUCUGCGGACGCUAUCCAUAAGGCGAUCUACGACAUGGAGGAGACCGAGUUAAAGGUUGUUCUGCCACGAUUCCACAUCGACUACUUCAGUUCGGUGAAGGAUGCUCUGCAAGAGCUGGGAAUCGUCCGCAUCUUCCAGGACAAUGCCGAGCUAGGAGGCAUAGCACGCGGUGGAACACAACCGGUGAAGGUGUCCGACAUAUUCCAAAAAACGGUUAUCGAAGUCGAUGAGAAGGGAACGGUUGCCAGCUCGGGUGGGGGCUCUACGUUGGUGUUUACCAUUGCGAGCGAACCCGAGAAGUUCAUAGCUAACCGACCAUUCAUGUUCCUCAUUCAAGAGGAAUCCACUGGAACGCUCCUGUUUGCAGGAAAAGUUGAAGAUCCUUCACAAUAGAGACUGUACCACUUUUGUAGAAUGACACUCGGAUAAUAUAUUGCGUUAUACGUAAGACCGAAA